AUGACCGACCACAGCAUCAGUUUGACUGCCCUUGCCGCACUGUCUCUGUUCCGUGUGCCUCUGUUCCAUGUGCCUCUGUUCCGUGUGCCUCUGUCCCCUGUGCUGCUGUCCCGUGUGCCGCUGUCCCCUGUGCCGCUGUCCCGUGUGCCGCUGUCCCGUGUGCCGCUGUCCCGUGUGCCUCUGUUCCGUGUGCCUCUGUCCCCUGUGCCUCUGUCCCCUGUGCCGCUGUCCCCUGUGCCUCUGUCCCCUGUGCCUCUGUCCCCUGUGCCGCUGUCCCGUGUGCCGCUGUCCCGUGUGCCGCUGUCCCGUGUGCCUCUGUCCCGUGUGCCUCUGUUCCGUGUUCCUCUGUCCCCUGUGCCGCUGUCCCGUGUGCCGCUGUCCCGUGUUCCUCUGUCCCGUGUGCCGCUGUCCCGUGUGCCUCUGUCCCGUGUUCCUCUGUCCCGUGUGCCGCUGUCCCGUGUGCCGCUGUCCCGUGUUCCUCUGUCCCGUGUGCCGCUGUCCCCUGUGCCGCUGUCCCGUGUGCCGCUGUCCCCUGUGCCGCUGUCCCGUGUGCCGCUGUCCCCUGUGCCGCUGUCCCGUGUGCCUCUGUUCCGUGUGCCGCUGUCCCGUGUGCCGCUGUCCUCUGUGCCGCUGUCCCGUGUGCCUCUGUUCCAUGGCGCAGAAGGGCUCUCCGCAGGGAGUCCAGGGAAAUGA